AAACUCUCUCCCUGGAUAUUCACAUUAUGAAAAAUAUUUUUAUACAAUUUGAUGCAAUUUCUCGCGUAACUCACGUGAUUAGUGACGGCCAAUACUCCGAGCUCAAUGGACUGCUGACGAAGCCCGCGCGAUCCAGCCUCAUGCGGGAGCUGGAGCGGAACUGGAAUGAUCGCCAGCGUUCGCUGCUGGCGUUGAGGCCUAGCGAUAUACAGAUCAGCGCGCCAAGAAAGGUCUACUUUAUUAGGAUAGCAGAUAAAAAAUACUGUGACGUGGACAUGGCCUUCCUGGCGCUCAAAUGGGUCCCGAUCAACCACAUCGACGCUCUGAUCUUCGCCGAGGUCUUCGCCAGGUUUCACCGAGAGUACACCCCUCACUGCAUCCCGGAGUGGACCAUCGCGUACUUUAAGGUCACCAGGUUCCAGGUCUUACGACGGCAAUAGAUGCUUGGAUGCUAAA